CACUACGUCAGCCUGUGUCUCCAGCACAGCUGAUCUCACAGAACCAUAAACAUAAACUCGUUUACUGCAGGUUACAUGUUUGUACAGUUCAGAGAAUAUCACCAACAUUUACCAUGGAACUGACCGGAGAGCAGCUGAAAGACGCAGAGACCCAGCUGAGAAGACAUCUACCACGAUCACUACUGGUAUACGGUAAUUUGGUCCUGUUAAAAGUCAGCUCAGACCCUGUCCAGGUGUUGGUGGACACAUGGCCACACUUCACUGUGAUUGUCUGCAGACCACUGCAUGUGCAGGAAGGUGAUCUCUUCAAAGAUAUACUGUUUUUUGCGACGGAUGAAGCUCUUAUGGAGGAAACCAUACGAAAGUCCUCUAUUCUUGAUUGGACCAGGUUUCUUUGUCUUGCAAUCAGUCUUCGGCACAUGGAGAUAUUCAAUGCAGUGGCAUCAGAAAAACGUGUGUCCAGCAAGAAACUGGCAGUGUGUCACAUGAUGAUAUUAGAGGAUGUAUCCAAGCUUCCCUCUGUAGCCAGCUCAGGAAUCUCCCUCGGCUCUCUGGAUGAAUCCCACGUUGGCUGGGUGAGUCAGACAUGGAAGUUCGCAAAUGAUGACGAGGCUGUGGGGAUGAUCCGCAACAUGAUCGCAAACUUCCCCUCCUGCUGCGUGCUGGAUGCACAACGAAGGCCAGUGUCCUGGAUCCUGACCUAUGCGUCGUGUGCCAUGGGAAUGCUGUACACCCUGCCAGAGCACAGAGGCAAAGGCUACGCCAAAGUCCUCAUCAGCACCAUGGCAAAGAGGCUCCACACUCAGGAUUAUCCAGUCUACUGCUUCAUAGAGGAGGAGAACCUGGUCUCCUACAGGCUUUUUAAAAACAUGGGCUUUACUGAAGAUCCCACAUACAGGCAGGCCUGGGUGGCAUUUAAUGAACAGAUCAGUGUAUGGUAACAAAUAAAUAAAAUAUAUUCUAAAUAACUGAUGAGGUCUUUAGAGAAACAAAUUAAGUUCAGCUAAUUAAUUUGCAUAUUUAGCACAGAAAAGGCAGGUAAACAAGUCGAU